UUUAGCAAAGAGUAAAUCAAUAUAAUUUGUUUAGGCUUUUGUUUGUGCAAGUUCGAUAAUGUAUAAUUUGUAGAUGUAGAUUUUUUAAUGCUAAUAAAAAAUCGAGUUGAAACACAGUUAUCGUGUGGUUAAUGCACGCAAAACUGAUGAACUUGGGCUAAGAAAAUAAACCUCAAAAUGUUUUUAGAGUUGGUUCGAAUUGAUGGAAAAUAUCAUUGCAAAAUUCAAAUUCGUCCGGGUGAGCAUGUUAUCGGACGUGAUCGAUUACUGGUGUGUGGUGAUAAAAGAAUGGCACAUGACCAUAUGAAGUUGAAUGUCAAUGAUGAUUCAUUAACUAUAACAGCGUUGCACAAAAACCCUUGUUUUUAUAAAGAGGGUAUAAAAGAGACUCAGAUAUUGGAACAGAACAAUACAGUAACUUUACAUAAUGGAGAUAGUUUUGGUUUGCUACCAGGUACAUUUUGGUAUAAAGUUGUAUUUUGUUCAGUACUUGACACUUCCAACAAUUGUGAGUGUGAGCAAAACACCGAAGAAUUUUGUGUAGAAAACAAUAAUAGAACUACUUCUUCUGAAACAAACAGUGAUGAAACAAACACAUGUGAUUUUAAUUCAGAUCAAGGGUUUGAUACUGAAACAAGUAAUAUUCAAUCUUCAAGUUUAAUAGCACCAGAAAGUAAUGAUCUAACACAAGGAUUAAAUACUGACCCUACAAUGCAAAGUGCAUCAGAUAAGAGCGGUGAAUCAAGUGCUAUCAGUCCAAAGAAACAAGAACCAGAAUUACAAAAUGAUCCAAAUUUACAAAAUGAUGCAAACGUACCAACUGGGCCAAAUCUACGAAAUGAUCCAAGUAUACCAAAUGAUCCAGCAGUAUCACCAAAUAUUGUCAAUUCAAAUAAAAGGAGUCACAGUCAAGAUAAUAUUGAUGUGAAAAAAAUCAAGAUUGAGCCAGUCGAAGUCAAAACUGAAAGAUCUGAUGAUAUAUCUGGGCCGAGCUUAAAUCGAGACCAAGGGACACAAACAGCAAAUGGUGUAAAUGCGGCGACCUCCACUAACAAUCCUCCACUAAGGCGUGAACGGUGCAUGUACGGCGCUAACUGUUACAGAAAAAACCCCGCCCACCAUUCUGAAUUCAGCCACCCGCGCGACGCGGACUGGGGCCCUGGCGAACGCGGCGUGUGCCCAUACGGCGACGCGUGCGUCAAGACUGACCCGCGCCACUGGCGGGACCACGAGCACCCGCCCGGGAAGCUGCCGCCGCCGCCACCAGGUGUGCAAGUCGUCCACAGGCACGGCAACGUUUUCUACAUUAACGCUCAGUCCGUUUACUUCUAUGACGAUCACUUCCGAGUGGAGGACACGGACGGAGGCAGUGGCGAUUUCAAUUACGAGAACUAACGGGAGGAGGGGUCAUAUUUUUUUUUUAUAAAAUUGCUGGCUCCUAGCCCUUUGGAAAUCUUAAUAACAAGGUCAUUAAGAUUUCCAAAAGGCUAGGACCAUUAGAAUUUGGAAUUCUUAAUUCCUUGUUAUUACACUCCAAAUGUAUCUCCAAAAGUAGACAAUAUAGAUCAGGGGUCACCAAAUGGCGGACCGCCGGCCUCAUCCGGACCGCCAAGCCAAUGUGUGCGGACCGAAAAAAUAUAUCCCCCGCAGUAUACAUUUCGAUCUCGACUUAUUGAUGAACAUUGUCAGGAUUUAAUGUCAAUAGCUUGCACUAAUUUGAGACAUAAUUAUCAACAAAAAAUGUCACUUUUCUCAUUGAUAUAAGUAAAUAAAUACCUUUAUAAUUUCCGUAGUUACCUUUGUUUAAUAACUAUUUUUUUGUUAUAAAAUCUGUGAACGCGAAGGUCAUUUUAUUUCUUAAAAUAAGCCGACCCCGAGCGAAACUGUGACCCCUGAUAUAGUGUGUGGUGACCCCUGAUAUAGAUUAUCUACUUUGGUGAUUGGACUAAAAUAUGGCGUAGGUAAAGCCCCCGCGUAAUGUAAGUUAAUGUAUCCAUUGUAUUUUGAAGUGAUAUUGUAAUUUUCAACUUUAUUUCCUCUUGCCUUUGUUAACAUCUGUAAUGUGUCAUUUUAUAAAACGUGUAUGAUUAAACUACUCUAGUCACUAGAUGCAAGGCAUCCAUUUUUAAUUUCCACUGCCUUGCUUGAGUAUUUAUUAUCUUUACUUAUAAUUAAAAAAAAUAUAUAUUUAUUUUUAUCUUAAGCUUGUUUAAAAUACUGAACGUUAUGUGUCAUGAUAAACUCACAGCACAUGCAUGAGGAAAGCCAUGUACUGACGCCUGUGAAAUAUAAUCCUAGGUUCUUAACUUGAAAGACAAGAUACAGAACCUUUUCUUCUCAUUCAUGUAGGUACAGUUGUGUAAACUUUUACUAUAUAGCUUAACCUGAUCUAAUUAGUAAUAUAGGAAAAAAUAAGAUUUUUUUUAUAUUGACUUAACUUAGUAUAAUAUGUUUGGCUUUGAUUGAUUGUAGCUUGGUGUAGUGUCAUUGUGUGUGAAACUAACUUAAAUUAUGAUAUAGAAUUAUGUAUUUAAAUUAUUCGCAACGGAACGGUUAUUUUAUCCAUAUAUUUAUUAACGGCUUUCCCACACAUAAACGCGUUUGUUUGUGUUUGUGUUGUCAUAAAAUACAUGAUACAUCUAAAGUCAAAUUGUUUUGCAGAAUUUAAUAACUACAUAUUAUGAAACGGUCGCUUUGUCUACUCCAAGUUAGUUUAAAAGAUAUAUGGUGUACUAGAGAUAUCGAAAUAAACGCAUUUAUCUUUCUUUCUAUAUGUGUCUUUCUAUGUGUGUGUUUCUAUGUGUGUCUAAUUUAAAAUGUGUUAAACUGUAUUCUUAAAAUAUUAGUAGCUUUUGUCAGUAAUAAAAACUUUAAAAUAUA